GCUGAGCUCCAGCCAGCUGUGCCCGGGCUGGUGUCCAGGGAGGCACCCACUCUGCACCUGCACCCUGGGAGACUGGCAGCAUGGCCCAGGCCCCAAGCCCAGGUCCGCUGGUAGACAGCUGUGAGGACGAGAGGCCCCGCUGGGACAGCAAGUUCCAGUACCUCUUGAGCUGCAUUGGGUUUGCCGUGGGGCUGGGUAACAUAUGGAGGUUUCCGUACCUGUGCCAGACCCACGGGGGAGGGGCCUUCCUCAUCCCCUACUUCAUUGCCCUGGUGUUCGAGGGCAUCCCCCUCUUCCACAUCGAGCUUGCCAUCGGCCAGCGCCUGCGGAGGGGCAGCAUCGGGGUGUGGACGGCCAUCUGCCCCUACCUCGGCGGAGUAGGGCUGGGCUGCUUCACGGUGAACCUGCUGGUCAGCCUGUACUACAACACGGUCCUGGUGUGGGUUCUCUGGUACUUCCUCAACUCCUUCCAGUACCCGCUGCCCUGGAGCAGCUGCCCGCUAGACCUCAACAGAACAGGGUUGGUGGGGGAGUGCCAGGGCAGCAGCCCCGUGAGCUACUUCUGGUACCGGCAGACGCUCAACAUCACGGCCGACAUCGAGGACAGCGGCACGCUGCAGUGGCGCCUGGUCAUGUGCUCGGCCGCCUGCUGGGCAGUCUUGUAUCUGUGUGUCAUCAGGGGCAUCGAGACCACAGGGAAGGCCAUCUACUUCACAGCCUUGUUCCCUUACCUGGUCCUGACCAUCUUCCUCAUCCGGGGCUUGACCCUCCCUGGGGCCAUAGAAGGCUUGAUGUACCUGUUCACACCCGACAUGCAGAUUCUCCAGAACCCUCGGGUGUGGCUGGAUGCGGCCACCCAGAUCUUCUUCUCUUUGUCCUUGGCCUUCGGAGGACACAUUGCCUUGGCCAGUUACAACCCGCCCAGGAACAACUGCAAGAAGGACGCUGUGACCAUCGCCCUGGUCAACAGCCUGACCUCCUUGUACGCGUCCAUCACCAUCUUCUCGGUCAUGGGCUUCAAGGCCACCAAUGACUACCGGCAGUGCCUGGACAGCAACAUCCUCAGCCUCAUCAACGAGUUCGACUUCCCAGAGCAGAGCAUCCCCAGGGACGACUACCCGGCUGUCCUCAUGCGCCUGAACACCACACAGCCAGACAGGGUGGCCCAGCUCCCCCUGAAGGCCUGCUGCCUGAAGGACUUCCUGGACAAGAGUGCCUCGGGCCCGGGCCUGGCCUUCAUCGUCUUCACGGAGGCCAUCCUGCACAUGCCGGGGGCCCCGGGCUGGGCCGUGCUCUUCUUUGGCAUGCUCUUCACCCUGGGCCUGUCCUCCAUGUUCGGGAACAUGGAGGGGAUCAUCACGCCACUGCUGGACGUGGGGGUCUUGCCCAAAGGGGUCCCCAAGGAGGCCCUGACUGGAUUGGCCUGCUUGGCCAGCUUCCUGUUGGCUACCUGCUUCACGCUGCAGUCUGGCAGCUACUGGCUGGAGAUCUUCGACAACUUCGCGGCCUCCCUGAACCUGAUCAUCUUUGCCUUUCUUGAGGUCGUUGGGGUCAUCUAUGUUUAUGGAAUGAGGCGGUUCUGUGAUGACAUUGAGUGGAUGACUGGGCGGCGACCCAGCCUCUACUGGAGGCUGUCGUGGUGGGCAGUGAGCCCCAUGCUGCUGCUGGGCAUCCUACUGGCCUACAUCGUCCUCCUGGCCCAGAGACCACCCAGCUACAAGGCGUGGAGCCCCCAACAUGAGCAGUUCCCCUCUCGGGAGGAGAAGCUCUACCCAGGCUGGGUGCGCGUCAUCUGCAUGCUCCUGUCUUUCCUGCCCCUGCUGUGGGUCCCAGCUGUCGCGCUGGCCCAGCUGCUGGCCCAGCACAGGCGGAGGCUGAAGGACACACAACCAGACACCAGCAUGAAGCCAGAGGAGGGCAGGGGCUGCUGAGGGAUGGGCCAGGGCGGAUGGGAGCAGGGACUGCCGGCCUGUAGCCUCAGACCCAGCCUCAUUACACGCCUGCUGCCACAAGACCACGCGAUCGUUGCUUCCUAGCUUCUACCGUGUCCACGCUGCCUGCAAAGGGAUUCAGA